AUGAACUUGAAGAUGACUAAUCUACUAACUUCUGGUCAUAGACGUUAUAACCCACUAUUAGAUGAAUGGAUUAUUGUUUCUCCACAUCGAAUUCAACGUCCUUGGGGAGGACAAAUGGAAUCUGAUAAUCAUAAACCCACAGAAGUAACUGACGUUUCUGUAAAAUGUACCAAAAAUCCAUUAUUACCCGGGUCCGUUCGUGCAAGUGGCUUAAUCACACCUAAUUAUCAAUCUGUCUACACAUUUCACAAUGACUUUCCUGCUUUGGUUAAUGUAAAUUGCGAAUGUGAAAGUGUUAGUUUAACGAGCUUCAGAUCUGUUGAAGAAAAUCCAUUAUUUGCAUGUGCGCCUGCACAAGGUGACUGUUUAGUUACUUGUUUUCAUCCAGAUUCUAAUAAAACCUUAGCGCUGAUGGAACAGCGUGAAAUACUAUCAGUUAUUACUGAGUGGUGCCGUAUUACUGAAAAAUAUUUCAAAAUGAAAAAAUUUCAAUGGCUGCAAAUUUUUGAGAAUCGAGGCGCAGCUGUUGGUUCGUCUAACACGCAUCCGCAUUGCCAGAUUUGGGCAUGUGGUUUUAUGCCAUCGCAAGUGUUAAGACUUGAUAAAAAUCAACAGAAUUAUGCUCUGCAACAUAAUGGUAUACCUUUGCUGUUGGAUUAUGCUAUGCAAGAAAAAGUGAAUAUGAAUAAUUGUACAUCGGAUUCGCGUAUAAUUAUCUGUUCAACUCAUUGGCUCGUUAUUGUUCCAUGGUGGGCAUGUUGGCCUUUUGAAACAAUGAUUUUACCUCAUAAACGUCAUAUUCUCUGGUUGCACGAAUUAACUGAAGAUGAGAAAUAUGACCUCGCCUCCGUAAUGCAGAAUUUACUUGUUCGUUAUGAUAAUCUAUUUAGCACACAAUUCCCAUAUUCUAUGGGUUGGUAUCAGGCACCUAUGUGCUCCUCCAAAGAGGAGUCCUUGGGAGAUCUAAAAAGUAAAUAUAAACAUUGGCAGUUACAUGCUUUGUAUUUACCUCCCCUGUUAAGAUCAUCUACAGUAAAAAAAUUCAUGUCUGGCUUCGAGUUAUUAGCGGAAACCCAGCGAGAUUUACUACCAGAAACAGCUGCAAAUAUGCUUCGUGAAACUAGUACAAUCCACUAUACUAAACGGGUAUUAUAA